AUGGAAUUAGCACAAGGGGAAUCUUCCAGUCCGAGACGAUCGACCGGCAAACUAACACCGCUCGAUACUGUCCCAGAGGACGAUGUGAGCAGACUAGGGAAUGGGAAUACCUGUCGGGAAGGCAUGUCUGACAACAUCGACAUUAGCGAUAAUGAAAACCCUUUGGAAAGAGGCAUUAUCCAAGACAACACAUGUGGAAAAUCAAGAAAUGGACUAUGUAAUGCCUUUCGUGACAGACUGCGGAGGAUUCGAGGAAACUGGUUACAUUCCUCAGUCAGUCCCACCCCAAAUGAAGUCAAUGUUUAUGUUAAAGGAGAGAAGGAAUACGCUGCAAACAUUCCUCUACCUCUGAAGGUAGACAAUAAUGAGGAAACCCUCCCCAACAGCAUUGCUUCACCACGUUUACAAAAAGGGUGUUUCUUUGUGCCUUUCAUUUCUAUCAUUCUUGUUGUUAUCUUUAUCAUGUCGGCUACAAGCUUAACUUUGGUGAUAAUGAUCAUAAAUGGCAAAAUUGUUGCAACAGAGGAUGGAGCGGCAAGCCCAGCUAAAGGUAUUUAUUUGAAGUUGAUGAAUACUUCUUUCAAAUUAAUCAGUAUUACGUAUACGUACCACAAUUUUCUAGCUUCGACUGUCUCUCUUGUAAUAUACGUGUACAUUCAAAACUUAAAGCCGAAAAGCAAGACCAAACUAUUUUGAAAAUUUCUCAACUUAUCCAAACAUGUUCUAGACUACGAGUAGUCCCCCAUUUUUCCUCAGGGAUAGUAGAGCGAGCAAAACGCGAGCGCGCGUGAAAAUCAACCCACGCGAGAAAAGGCGACACGCGGCGGGGAGAGAGAAAUUUUUUUCUCUUUCUCUCUCCCCGCCGCGUGUCGCCUUUUCUCGCGUGGGGUGAUUUUCACGCGCGCUCGCGUUUCGCUCGCUCUACUAUCCCUGAGGAAAAAUGGGGGACUACUCGUAGUCUAAACAUGUUCUUGUUCACUGUAUCGCCACCGUCGUUUGCAUAGAGGAAAUCCAGGACUAAUUUCAGUUUGAGGAAUGUUUAAUGUUCAAAUGCACCCGGCGUAGAUCAGCUUUUGUUUCAUUAGUCAAUUACCAACCGUCAAAUGUUAUUAUAUAUUUUCGUCAAACGGAAAUGCCUACUGCUGAAGUUAAGUGCGCGGAACAUGGAUCGAUUUAA